ACUGUGGGCUCGUCCACUGGAGGCAAACAGAAGAGCACUCCUGAAGCACUAAGCAAACAGCUUUUCUCGAGACCCUUACCCUCACCCGUUAGCAAGUCCACUGCCACUACUGCCCAGACUGAGGAAUUUGUCUGCGUCGAGGGCUACUGGAUCCCCAAGGGACCGCUGGCGGCCCGUGCAGUGGCGGCAAACUGUGUUUCUGACAAAGACUACGUCCUUACGGCCUCGUUUGAAGAGUAUGGCAUGGCAGUAGUCUCACAGCUCCUGCUUUCUGCUCUCGCCAUUGCGCACCACGGAGAUGCCCUGAGUUGCCUUUUUGGGGACUUUCACCCGUUUGGAAGUCUUCCGGUUCUGCUUCAAGGAGAAACCUCGGUAGGGAAGACCUCACUCAUCACCUACCUGGCCGAGCGUAUAGGUCAGGUGUGUCACCGAAUCAACAACCACGAACACACCGACCUACAGACCUACUUGGGCGCCUACACUGCUUCAUCCGUCUCGGAAAACGCCAUGUCUAGUCGUGACGACAUUCAGUCGGCCAGACCUCUUGUCUUCCAGGAGGGUAUAUUUGUCCAGGCCAUGAGGAAGGGCCAUUGGAUCAUCCUGGAUGAACUCAAUCUGGCACCCACGGAGAUCCUGGAAGCACUCAAUCGGGUUUUGGAUGAGAAUCGGGAGCUCUUUAUUACCGAAACACAGGAGAUGGUGCGUGCUCAUCCUCACUUCCGCGUGUUUGCUACUCAGAAUCCUCCGGGUCUUUAUGCUGGCCGCAAGGAGCUUGAAAUUAUUCUGGAGCAUCGUUCGGCGCUGCCACCCAGCCGAGCAAAAAAACUCGUCGCGGUGAUGCACCAAUUGCAGGUAAGUUAG